AUGUUGUUCAUCAACUACAACUCAGCCUUCAACACCAUAGUGUCCUCCAACUUCAUCACUAAGCUCAGGGCCCUAGUUCUGAACCCCUCCUUGUGCAACUGGUUCCUGGGCCGACCCCAAGUGGGGAAGACCUAUCAAGAAAGCAUCACCUCUAAGAAACACACAGGCAUCUCUCACAACCACCCGGGGAUCUCUCACAACCAGCUGAGGUUCUCUCACAACCACCCGGGGAUCUCUCACAACCACCUGAGGUUCUCUCACAACCACCCGGGGAUCUCUCACAACCACCUGAGGUUCUCUCACAACCACCCGGGGUUCUCUCACAAUCACCCGAGAUUCUCUCACAACCACCCGAGAUUCUCUCACAACCACCAGGGGAUCUCUCACAACCACCUGAGGUUCUCUCACAACCACCCGGGGUUCUCUCACAAUCACCCGGGGAUCUCUCACAACCACCUGAGGUUCUCUCACAACCACCCGGGGAUCUCUCACAACCACCCGGGGAUCUCUCACAACCACCCGAGGUUCUCUCACAACCACCCGGGGUUCUCUCACAACCACCCGGGGUUCUCUCACAAUCACCCGAAAUUCUUUCACAACCACCCGAGGUUCUCUCACAACUUUGUGUUCUCUCACAACAUUGUGUUCUCUAACAACCACCCAAGCUUCUCUCACAACAUUGUGUUCUCUCACAACCGCCCAGAACAUCAUUGUAGUCUCAUGUUCUGGUAA